AUGGAGGUUGAACAUCGAAUUCGAAGGAGUCGUAACAACAACAGGAAGACAGAACAAGACAAUAAUAACGAACCGGUUAAAAAGAAACCCAAGAAAACUCAUGAAUUAAGAGAACUUGCUCUUAAAGAAAUUGCCACUUUAAAUAAUGAAAUUUGCAAUCUGGAAGAGGAAAUUUUUCAGAAGGAAUCUGAAUGUGCUGGCGAGUAUACUCUCGACACUUUGCGAGGGAUUGCAUCUGGACUUCUUGAAAAUGGACAGCCCUCCUCGUUGGAAGAAACUGACAGAAGUGAAAUUGAAAAAGAAAUCGAUGUACUCAAUAAUAGAGUUACUUCUCUAGAAAGCUUUACGGGGAUAAGAGUUGUUGAAAAUAACGUUUCAGUGCUUUCGAAGAGCGACAGUAGAACGAUGUUACUUCGUCGAAUUUCUGGAACUUGUCUUGGGAUUCCAUUUAAAGUGGAAUUUGAAGUAGAAGAGGAUGAACAUAGGGGAAGUAUCACCACUUCAGAACGAGAAGGUUAGUCUAUACAGAGGUCUAUUAAAGUGCAUUGUUAUGUUUCCAUAGCUACUAACUGGGAUUUUCCAGUUUUAGCAAAUUGCAAAAUACCUGGCCCCAAUUCUUCAAAAGAGGGAUAGCGUUAUCCACUGUAUAAAUUCCUAUUCAGUGGAUAAUGCAAUUGGUUUUCCUAACACCUAUACCAACAGCGAUAGCUGCAUAGCGCUAUCUGAUGUUGGAACAGCUGGCGCCCGGCCAUAUACAAUAGGUCAUUCUGAGUUCCACAAACUCUCACUUUCUAAAGGAGGCUAAGUGCAAAACCUUUCUUGUGAAAAUGGGUUUCAUUUGCAUGGGAAUAAAAAAUCCUUUUCACAUCAAUGGCCUCGCACUUAGCUUCACUUUAGCCCUUCAACCCCAAUAGUGACUAAUGUCAGUUUUCUCCUAACGAUAUCCCUACAAUGUCAAGAGAUUAGGUUAUGAGAAUUAAUAAAGUGAUCACCAAAGGGAAAAUGCCUUGAUCUUUUAUCAAAUUCUCUCAACUCAUUCAUGAAGGAAAUGUAUGGAGAUCAGUUUGGAGAAUUUGUAUGUGGAUAUUGGGGCUUAAAGGGUUAAAAACGAGUCUUGGGACAACUCAAAAAUGGCCUAUUGCAUUUGCAUGUCAUUGAAUAGCGUAAUUGCUCAUUGUGAUAUGCCUUGCUCUUUAAAGCAUUUUGAUGUGUGCAAAUGAGGCGGUAAAGAGUGCCUGGCUUACAAAUAGGCUCUUUCAACCCAUUAAGGCACAGAGCACAGAGGAGUUAUUUGUGACCUUGAUUGUUGAUUGUAGUUAAAUGUUACGGUUGAUACCAUGCAUUGCCUUUGUUUUUAUGCUGUAGAAUCGAGCAAACCGUCAUUCGAUUAUGUUAUAAACCUGGUAAAUAUUAUCCAAUGUUCAUUGAGCAUUAGAUAAUAUUUCACUAGGUUUAUAACUAGAUCGCAUUACCGUUUGAUAGGUCAAGUUCAUAGUUGAUUCUACAGUAAACAGAGGCGACUUGUGCGAUCGGCUAUAAAAUUUUUGCUUCGCUUGCCAUAACAAAUAAAUCCUCUUCACCCUGUGAUUAAGAAGAUCAUAAGCAGGAAACCAAUCCCACCUUGUUUCUAAGGGAAUAAGAAUCUUUGGAAUAAACUCAAAUAAUCAAUUGUUUUGGCUUUCAUUGAACAGUAAAAUCCACAACCCUGGUGGGAAUUAAUAAAUUUGAUGAAUAUUGUACUCCAACGAUCCAAAAAUUUGUGACUAAAGAGAUUUGUCGCAAAUUUCUGCACAUUCUAAUUCCGGAAUAUCAUCAAUCAAAUGCACCCUAUGGUCACUGUGAUUUUGAAAUUCACAAGUUACUUCUUCACAAAUGUUAAGUUCCAUAUUGAGUAAAGAUGAGUCAGGGCACAACCAGAGUAAUUUCUGAUAACCCAAGGUUGGAAGAGUGACCCGUUGGGCUAGCAUGUUUUAAUAUCACAAGAUGUCCGACAGGCAAACAACACUUGUCAAGAUAAAGUGAAUUUUAGUCACAAAGGGUUUUGUUAGACCUGUGUGACGAGGCGAGUGAGCCAAGUCGUUGUUUAAUUUUCAUCUUUCCCCGUGAGUAAUACAGAAUAACCUGGACUGUCAUGACAAAACCUGUUACAUGUAAACUUAUGAUUGCUAUUUCAACCCAAAGAUAUAAGACCUGAUGAAGAAAACGUUCCAGUUUUAAAAAGACUGUCAGUGGAAGUCAUGGACUCUCUUGCUGAGCAAGAACUCAUAAACUUUAUUCAAAGUGUAGAAAAAGAAAAGGCACUACAACCAUUCUUUAUUGGACUCGUACAGUAUGCAGAUUGGCAUAGUAAUAGACAAAGGACAUUUCAGCAUUUUUACACAAAGUAUCCAGAGACUGUUCAAUUAAUUGGCACUCCAGCUGGAUGCCAGUCUUUGCAACUGAUGAAUCGAAACAAGCCUGGACUGAUUUUUACCAUCUACUGGAGAAUUUGCAUUACUGAGACUGGCCAUGUUACACCAGAUUUCCAAAUACAUGCUUCAGUGCCACAAAAUCGUACAGGCCAAAGAGACAACAACUCAUUACUCAGAAGCAUUCCUCGGCAGUUUAAAAAGGUUCUGCCUAUUCUUGGAAUAGAGGAGUCCAUCGAGGUGGUGAUAGGACUUUUGUGUAGAUAG